AUGCGGUUGUUCCCGGGACUUCUGGUGUCUCAUGGCAAAGUGGCCCGGCAGAUGGGGUUGGGGCCCCGAUCCCGGCUAGAUAUGCUGCGGAAUCUCCUCACCGCUUUGGUCAGACAUGAGAGAAUAGAGACCACGUGGGCUCGGGCCGAUGAGCUGACCUUUUAUGCCAACAAGAUUAUAGAUUAUGGGAAGCGUGGAGAUACUAAUGAGAAAGCAAUGAAGAUGGCGGACUUCUGGCUGACGGAAAAGGAUCUCAUUCAUAAACUUUUUAAGGUUCUAGUUCCUCGCUUCAGCUCACACAAUGCCGACUACAUAAGUAUGUACCAGAUCCCGAACCGAGAGAACCUGGACCGUGCCAAAAUGGCUGUGAUAGAAUACAAAGGAAACCCAUUUCCACACCUUUACCUGUUCACAAAAAGGACAAUGACAAAACUCUCAUUAACCAGCUUCUGUUGGGCUACCGCCUAGAAAACAGCCUGCAGGACACAUCCUCCUAA